AUGUUCAAGAGAAGCGCGAACCAAUCAUUGAUUGAGAAGGUGGCGUCGUAUUGCAUGUACAUCGAGUACCAGAAUUCUUGGAUCUCUGCAGUUGUGUUGACGAAACACUAUGCGGUCACAACGCUGCACUGUCUCCCCGAAUCUUUCCAAAAGCUCGGCCAAUCAGUUUCUCUUUGGGGCUCGGACGGACAGAACCACAUUUCUCAUAUCCACGGGAUGAACAAGCUUUCCGAUUAUGUGGUUUUCAAGAAGACGGAUGGAACCUUCGAGUGUUUUCCUGAAAUUACCUAUCCAACACUUCUGGAUCAAUACAUUGUGGU